CUCUAGAACCGUCAUAGCUGCAGGAUCUCAGUACAGCCCCACCAAUCAAAUCUGGGCAAUGUCCCAAGGUGCAAAAUAACAGUAUACAUUGCGACGGACGGAAGAGGGUGGAGAGCAAUGUGGACUCACGGGCAGAGAUAGUACAUAGACUGAACCAUCCCGACACGUUUGUUCAUGUGAAACAUUUGAGGACGAACGCGGAUAAGAAUGUCAGUGGCCGGAUUGAAGAAACAGUUUCACAAAGCGAGUCAGUUGCUAAAAGAAAAGAUCAAUGGAGUUGAAGGAACAAAACUGGAUGAGGAAUUCCUCAUCAUGGAAAGGAAAACUGAUAUUACCCACAAAAUGAUUCUCGACCUUGUUCCAAAAACUAUAGGAUAUCUUCAACCAAACCCAGCAUACAGAGCAAAGCUCAGCAUGCUCAACACAGUGUCCAAAAUGCGUGGGCAGGUGAAGGCUAGUGGCUAUCCACAGACAGAGGGCAUUCUGGGAGACUGCAUGUUGUACUAUGGCAAUGAGCUUGGAGCUGAGUCUGGUUUUGGUUAUGCUCUGCUUGAAAUGGGAGAGGCGUUGAAACAAGUAGCGCAGGCAAGAGACUGUAUGGAUGUGCGAGUCAAACGAACCUUCAUUGAUCCUCUGCAGUCCCUGCAGCAAAAAGAGCUGAAGGAAAUUGCGUAUCAUCUGAGAAAACUUGAAGGUCGCCGUCUAGAUUUUGAUUACAAGAAGAGACGUAAAGGAAAGAUUUCAGACUCCGAAAUUAAGAAAGCAUUCGAAAAGUUUGAAGAAUCCAAAGAACUGGCUGAGAGAAGCAUGUGUAAUCUCCUAGAGAGAGAUGUACAACGGAUGCAACACCUCUCAGGUCUUUUAGGAGCAGUAAUAGACUAUCACCGCCAGUCAUGCCAGAUUCUAGAAAAUCUCAGGAGCAAUUUGCAGAGCAGGAUAACAGACGCAAGCAAUCAACCCAAAAGGGAAUUUGCAUCUAAAUCAGUUUGCUACACAGAUACUUAUGGAUUUUCCUCAUGCUCAUCAGAUACUGAGAUCACUGAAGCUUUGAGUGAAAAAUAUGCCCCGGUUGUGGUUCACCCUCCUGAUAAAGUCACCAUUAAAUCUCAAACAACAGACAUGCCAACCAGCAACAAUGAUAGCGCUUACCCCUUGGACCAGCCUUGCUGUCGGGCACUUUACAGUUUCCAGCCAGAAAACCAGGGAGAGCUGGGCUUUAAGGAGGGUGACAUCAUCAUUCUGACGGGCCAGAUUGAUGAGAACUGGUGUGAGGGUAUGAACAGAGGGGAGUCUGGCUUAUUUCCCAUGAACUACGUCAAAGUCCUUGUACCUCUGCCACAAUGACAGCGGGAAAGCACUGCAGCUGGACAACAUGAACUUUUCCAGUUUUUGGAGAUUCAGAAACUUUGAUUAUUUGAUAAAGGUUAAUGUGUCAAGCACUUCUGAGCCCUUGCUGUAUAUUUUUAUCUGUAUCAUCACUAUGCAAAUCAUCUACCCAGCCUUGUAUUCCUUAUUUGAUGAUUUUUUUUUAAGAAUCUAAAGAUGUUAAAUAAAUAUGCUGCUAUAUUAAAGUCUUAAGGAUCCUUUAUGUUAUACGUGCACUAUAAAUGUUAAUGAAAUGAAUCCCAAUGUCCACUGAACUGCAUUACAAUCUGCUAGUGUAUAAAUAUCCAAUGUUCUCACUAUUAAUGUUGUAAAAUAACAUAUGUUUACUUGAUAUUUAAGAGCACUACAAAUAUUUGAACGCAUAUUCCUUCUCAGGCGUGUUUAUUAAUGCAAACUUUGCCACAGAAACUCAAUGACAUCUUGUUGCCCUUCCCACACUGGCGUUGCUGUAAUUCCGAAUGUUUGCCUGUUUUGAGCCAAGCGGCGUGCCGUAGUGGCGGUUCCUUACAGGAGCCACGGAUGUUCAAACUCUGUUGAUAUGACAAAGUUUUACUUUCAAAUAAAAGGAUACAUUUACUCAA